CUGGUUUGGAGUUGAAAGGUGUUUAUUUAAGUGACAUCAUACAGACGUGAGAUCAUGACUUUAUGGACGGGUUAUAACAUUUCUCUCCUUUUUGCUCGAUCAAGAAGUUUUUGGACUCUUCCUUAACUGAAGGAAUGUCAGUGACUUGACUGCUAAAGAGGGAAACUUCAAUCAAGCCAUUUCCAGUUAGACGGUUUUCACAUCUCGGGUAGAGAAUUAGAAAAAUCAGCAACACUCGGAGCAGUGAAGGGGAUGAAAAGCUCCACCCUGUUCCUAUGUUACGGCAAAGUGGCAGCAGCUUUCUCCCACCUCAUGUUAUCUGUAUGAGUCAACAGAGAGUGCAUCAGGUAAGAGCAGGGGACACGACGAGUCGGACCAAGCAUCCAUUGAUUUGCACGAGUGCUAAGCUCGAUGGAUGUGCAUCAGAAGAGAGAGUUUUCUGUUCUGGACGUCGGGAAGCUGCAGGAGGAAGUAAUCAACACAUUGUAAAUCACAUCUCAGUGAGUGCAUCUGUGUCUCUCUAUCCGUGACACAAAAUGACAUCAUCAGUACUGGUGGCCAACUUCACCCAGGAGUGGGUGGAGUGUCUGCGCGGGUGGCACAUGGAGUAUUUUUUCAUCCCGACCAUUGUCGUCACCCUGGCCACCUUGCUGGCCAACCCUGUCCUCCUGUCAUGCAUCUUCCUGUCCCGUGCCUUGAGGCGGGAGACACGCUACCUGCUGGUGGCCAACACCCUGAUGGCCGACAUGCUCUUCCUCAUCCUCAACCUGGCCAUUAUGAUCUGCAUCGCAGUCAGUGCUCAGGUCCCCUGGGUCGUGUGUGGGCUGUUCACAGCCGUCACUGUCACCGCCUACUGCUGCACCGUCCUCACCAUCACCCUCAUGGUGGUGGACACCUACGCUGCUGUCCGCUGGCCUCUCCGCUACCACGACCUUCUUCCUCCUGCCCGCACCCACCGCAUAAUGGUGGGGGUGUGGGUUCUGGCAGCCGUGUACCCCUUCACUCUGGUGAUCAUGAUGGAGGUUGGGAAGGGAAAUUCCGAUGAGGAGUUGGCUGUUUGUCUAGUUCUCGUCUCUCUGGGUCUCAUUCAGGUCCAGAACGUGGUAGCGAUCCACGUCUACUUCUUCGUUACCGCGCUCUUCUGUGCUUUGCUCAUUUUUUACUGCUACAUUCGACUCUACAUGGUAACAAGGACCCAUGGCAUCUGGCAGAGCCGCUUCUCCAGGGCGCGGGUCACCCUGCUGGCCCACGGGGUUCUGCUCCUGCUCUACUUCACCCCCGGCUUUGUCUUCAUCGUGGAGCUCUUCCUGUUCCAGAGGAAGGACAUUAGUCAAGAUAUUCGUGUGUGGGUCAGCACAGUCAACAUGUGUGUUUUCAUGUUGCUGCCCAGAGCGUUCGCUCCGUACCUCUAUGGGCUGAGGUACAGGGAGAUCUCUGACACUUUGAUGCAGCUGCUACAUCGACACAGGGGACUCAGCUAGCACUCAGCAUCAUGAAGGACUCAUCAGGACUGUUCUCAUAUUUCUACAGUGGCAUUACUUGUGAUAUCUGUAUUUUACAUGUUUUCAAAGUAUCCCUCCAACAAAAGGAUAUACCUGCAAAGACAUUACCCAGGAUUUCUCAGUAUGGCCCCACCACCCUAACGUUUUCUGACUAGCCUCAAUUUGAUCUUAGUUAUCAUUUUGUUUACCUAAAACAGUCAAACUUGAAAUUAGUGACUAACCACAAGUUAUACAAAUGCAAUUAUAGAAAACAAAGUAUUAAACUCAUCUUCAGGUCAUAUCAUAUUAGAAAUUCUCUAACUCAACAUGACCUUGUUGUUGCCUCGCCCAGUUAUUGUUAUUAUGAAAUAAUUAGUUGUCGUUCUUAUCUUUCUUUGUUUUAGAUAAUACAUACAAUCAGGGUUCCCACGGUACCUGGAAACCAUGGAAAACAUGGAAUUUAUUUUUUCAUUUUCCAGGUUUGGAAAAGUCAUGGAAACUGAGCAAAAGUGAACACUUCCAUGGAAAUUGAAACAGUUAUCCUGGAAAAUUGUAUUGGAUGAUGUGUAAAAUAGUAAUAAAAUGAAACUAUUGAGCACAGAAUUAAGAUAAGUUUAUAAAAACCCUUUACAUGUGAACAGCUCUUACUGUAGAUAGAAAUGGAUGAUCCCAUGUUGUAGAACAUGCUCUUGGCAUCCUAUCUGGUGUAUUGGAUGUUGGAAUUUGAUGAGGCAACCUGGUGAUAUGGACUUUAAAAGUAUAGUUUCGGAUUGGUGGACUUCGGGAAUAAUAACCGAGAAACAUUACUCACGAUCUCAAUAGAAGGGUCUAAGAACAUGCAUUUCCAGCCAACAGGGGAGCCUUGACAUCUACAGUGAAACUUCUUAUGCAAGUUUAUCCUCAAAUGUAAGAAGCUGUGUUUCAACUGUGUGAUAAACCUGGGUUUAUCAACGUUAGUUAGUAACCUGUGCAACUUGUGCAACUUGCUAGCUUCAGCUUACACUAGAAUUGUUGACGUAAUUUUUACCUUGCUUUUAAAAUACUAGAACUAUGUUCGAUCCCCAUAUGUAUUUCACUCACUGACUUUUCCUAAAACCAUGUUAUUCACCACAUUUAGGGGAGUUUGUUUUGAAUUUGGAUUCAUUAAUGAUGGUUAGCAAGCACAUGCAGUGCAAUCUUGCUAGCCAACAUUCAGCUUGCUAACUAACUAUCUAGUGUUGGCUAGCUUGCGUUGCUAGCUAACUACCAAUACAUUUUCACAUUAGGCUGUGACAUUACUUCUAUACUAGUUGACAUGACCAGUCUAGUCUUGAUACAUUUUGUAACAUUCAUUCUUAUAUCUACUUUUAGCUAUUUUGUGAUUUUUCGUUUUUUCUUUAAAAAAAUGAUACUACUAAAUAGGAACAUUUGGGGUGAGACAUUUUUGAGGUUGCUGUACUGAGGAACCACAGGGGAACCAGCCUUAUGUUUUUCCUUUUAGGUUCAUUAGUUUGAUUUACAAAAGCUUUUACAGAGUAAGGGUAGGCAUAUUACCUCUUCUACGUAAGACUCAUAAUCUCAAAUGUGUGAUGCAUUACAGGAGUGAGUGACAAUGACACGCUGUAGAUUCAGGAUGAGGAAGAGAAGAGGGGAGAAGAUGAAAGAGGAGGAUACAAGGGUAGAGGAUGACAUAGGAAAAGGGAGAAGAGAGGAGUUGAGAAGAGUAGGAAGAGAAGACAGGAGCGGAUACGAGAGGGGAGGUGUGGAGAGAAGAGGACAGGAUAAGAUAGGAGAGGAGUGGAAGAGAGAAAAAAUAUCAAUCCCAGUGCUCAUGUGUCUCAAAGUUCCCGUUCAAUAAAUUGUUGUUCAUCUACAGAUUGUUGCAUUAUUUCAUGCAUUGAUAUAUCAAUAAGACAUAAUCUCUAAGCAUUUACAAUGUAGACUUGACUGGCACAUCUUUUAAAUCACGUUAGUAGU